GAAAAUCGCACAGCAAGAGUUAAGUGAUCGCAGACUAAAGCCGUUAAAACAAAUACACACUGUUUCUGUGUUUUUUCAUGUGUUUAUAAGACUUUAUUGUUGUUUAUGAAAGAUGGCCAUAGAGAUUCUCUAAGCCUCUCAUACACAGAACAGAACAAGCUUAUGGCUAUCAUUUAGAUUUAUGUUGUCUCGAAAAGACUUGUAACAGUGCUAAAUGCAUAAAGAAGUAGCUGGGUUACAUUUUCUCUAAACACUGAAGUCUGUUGAUGAAAAGUCAGACUUACUGUUGUAUUGUACAUCUGGUCCUGUUCAUUUCUUCUUUAUUUGUUGGAUAUUCUGGGGGGAAAAAAGCCUUUCUGGUGGAAAUUUAGGACACGGGCCAUGGAAAUUUUGUUUGUUUUUUGUUUUAAUGUUUUUUCAUGCCCUGCUGCACUUACUUGAAUGAAAAGAAAAUGCCACAUGUCAGAAGUGUCGGACAAGGACAGUUUAACAUUUCUGCUCAGUAUAUAAACAUGUGUGUCAAAAUGUAGUUGUAACACUUUCAUUAUCUUAGUUAUGACUGUGCUCAUAUGGUGCGUAUUCUUUUUUUUUUUUUAAGUGUUGUUUAAUAUAAUUACCACAAACUAAUGGACACAUAAAAAACAUGGAGACAGCUAUUAUGCCAGUUCAGCAGUAUUAGUGGACCUGUGAGUCUUUAGGCAUGGAUAUAUCAUGAACAGUGUGCUAUGUGCACUGUACCUGAUGAGAACCUAACUGAUUAAUCCAGCCAUGUGUAGGUCUGUGAACAUGAAUACACAGAUGGCAGUUUAUUAAGUACACCUUGCCAAAACUAAUGCAGUCUAUUGCAAGUCCUGUAAUAAACCCCAGCUUCAUGAAAGUUUACUUUUCAGAGAGGCCAUUUUAGCUGCAGUUUGUAUUGAUGUUACAUUGUUGUGUUUCUUUGUCCACUCCAUUUAUAUCAGGCUAAAUCACAGAGACACCUCUUAAAUGUAAUGCAGAAAAUAACGUUGGAUCGACACCUCUCUAAAACCGUUUCAGAAAAACACUGAACAUUAUAAGAAUUUCAUGCAGGUAGGAUUUAGGUAGGUAGACAACUGAGUGUAUAACAUUAAUUUAUGUUUCUUCUAUCAGCAAAAUGAUUCAUAAUUGUAAAAAUAAAUCCUUAGAAGCCAAACAUAAACCCUGUCGUUAUUAUUAACCCAUAUGUGAGAACAGUGUGGUUGGUAAUAAUAUGAUUACACAAUUACAUAAUCCCGUUUUAGAAUGUUGUUACUACUGCCCAGCUGACUGUCAACAUGUUGAAAUAUCGCGAGAUUGUGUCCACCGUUACACCGGGCAGUAUGUGCGGUGCUACCGGGCCCCAGUAAUGAUUGCACCGCACCCCCAUCGCUACUGCUGCUGAGCCUGGGACCCGGUGUGUGUCUGCAGACACCACACACACACACCCACACCCACACCCACACACACACACACCUGCUAGCUGAAAGAAGGGGCAAGGAUAAACUGACCGAGACUACAGCCCCUAUUAGCGGGUAUUUUCUAACUUUAACAGCGGGGUGGGGAAACGGCGCUGGAAGUACAAGUAAAACAGUCGCUUGCUAUCGGCUCCGAUUUAAAUGUGGUGCUGUCACGCAACAGCUAGCAGAUGAAGUUAGCUAGCUGCUAGUGAUGGCUCUGGUCCUGAAAAUAUUCUGUUUGCCGUUACGUUGUAGCUAGUUUGGUGUAGAUUAAUUUAAAAUUCACAUAUUUAAGGUUAGGGCAGUGAACAUAAUGCUAGUUAUCGUGCUUACGAUACGACAUCAUUUAACGGAAAACAACUAACCUAGCUAACGUUAACAUAUCGUUAGCCAACUAGCUAACGAUAGCAUUAUAGUGCCACAUUCGUUUUUCAAAGAACUUGCAGCUUUGUUCAUUUUGUUGUGAAUCAGAAAGGGGUCAGUUAAGCAGAGUCUGAGGCCAGGCCCUUGUUAAGUGUUGAGCCCUAUACUCGGGUUUGGUCGUAUUUACCUAGGUAGAUAACACCUUUUUGUUAUUUAGCCUCUAAGCACAGCGCCUAUGAAAGAAAUCUUCAUGCUGAUCACAGAUAAUAUUACUUUACCUUCAGUCAGAAACCUCUACGAGGGGAGAGGGUAGACCUAGUGAAUCAUUAUCUAUAGCCCAGGAGAGAAGUUUCUUGAGCCUCGGCCCAUAGUUUAUCCACAUAUAAGCAUGGCUCCUAAAAAGAAACCAGUUCCCUUAAACAUUGCUCCUACUGGCGAUGGAUUAUCCUCCUUCACCAAAACAGACGUUGCAUCUGAGGCUAAUUUAGAGGCACUUAAGAAAAUACUGGAAGAGUUGGACCUGGAUGAACAGCAGAAGAAGAGAUUAGAAGCUUUCCUUACCCAGAAGGCCAAGGUAGGCGAGUUGAAAGAUGAUGAUUUCCAUCGUAUCUGUGAGCUGGGUGCAGGCAAUGGGGGUGUCGUCAACAAGGAGUGCCACAAACCAUCAGGAAUCAUCAUGGCCAGAAAGCUCAUUCAUCUAGAAAUUAAACCUGCUAUCAGAAACCAGAUCAUCCGAGAGCUUCAGGUGUUGCAUGAGUGUAACUCUCCCUACAUUGUGGGCUUCUACGGAGCCUUUUACAGCGACGGCGAGAUCAGUAUCUGUAUGGAACACAUGGAUGGUGGAUCUCUGGACCAGGUGCUGAAAGAAGCAAGAAGGAUCCCUGAAGAGAUUCUGGGCAAAGUCAGCAUAGCUGUUUUGAGAGGCCUUGCCUACCUAAGAGAAAAACACCAAAUCAUGCAUAGAGAUGUGAAGCCUUCAAACAUACUGGUGAAUUCACGCGGUGAGAUCAAGUUGUGUGACUUUGGUGUGAGCGGGCAGCUCAUAGACUCUAUGGCCAAUUCCUUUGUUGGAACGAGAUCCUACAUGUCGCCUGAGAGACUGCAGGGAACCCACUAUUCAGUGCAGUCAGAUGUGUGGAGUAUGGGCUUGUCCCUUGUGGAGCUGUCGAUUGGACGCUACCCCAUCCCUCCUCCAGACGCGAAAGAACUGGAGGCCAUAUUUGGAAGACCCAUCUUGGAUGGUAGUGAGGGAGAGACACACAGCACUUCACCUAGACCCAGACCACCGGGUAGACCUGUCAGCGGUCAUGGUGCUGUAAUGGCCAUCUUUGAACUCCUAGACUACAUAGUAAAUGAGCCCCCUCCCAAACUACCACAUGGUGUAUUCACCUCUGAUUUCCAGGACUUUGUGACAAAGUGUCUCAUAAAAAAUCCAGCUGACAGGGCAGACUUGAAAAUGUUGACGAACCAUAUGUUCAUCAAGCGAUCUGAAGCGGAGGAGGUAGAUUUUGCCGGCUGGCUUUGUAAAACCAUGGGGCUGAACCAACCAAGUACUCCCACGCGCACUGCAGACUGAACACGCAAUCUACUCACACUCUCGCGCACAGUAUGUAAAAACAUGGAGAAGCUGCUGCCUCAAACCAUACACCCACACAUAUAAACAGCUUGUUUGCCACAUCCCCCCUCUGGUGAACCCCUAAAGGCUCCAGCUAUCAGAUCAACUCUGCUUACAUCUAAGCCAGUCAGUCACAUGCUGGCAAAGAUACUCUAUCUACAAUUUAUAUCCUUUGUGGAGUCAGUCCACUGAGAUUCUGUUAUCCAUGAAAUUUUCCUCUGAAAUCAAUUACAGUAUAAUUCUUCUGAAUGUUCGUUGGCAACGUGGAAAACAUCAGUCAUUACUAAUUUGUGUUAAGUUCAGUUCAGGAUUUUGGAGACUAACACACCAUUAGGUUUUUGUUCAUCUUCGCCUCAAUACCCUGCAGUCACACAGACUGUACAUACUGUAUCUAAACUGAAAGAUUUAUCUCUUUAAGGAAUAUGAAAACAAAUACAAUAGCUGUGCUUAAUUUUCUAACAUGUCUCUUUUUCAGUUCAGCUAUUUGGUUUUCUUUUCUGAAUUUCUCCAGAGUGUUCUGAGGCUUAACAGCACGAGUUUGUCAGUCUCAGUUAUUACAAUCAUAGUUAAGCAUCUGUACAUGUGUACAGACAGAGACAUAUAUGGAUUUGUUUUUAUAUAUAAUAUGCAAACACAUUGAGAAAUGUAAGAAUCAGAUUAUUUUAGAGGUUAUGUGUGUGUCUGUGUUAGCAAGAGGUGACUGAGUGUAGGAAUUAGUUGGUUUUUUUUGCAUUUGUUGAUGUGAUUGAUUUCUACAAACUUUGAGAUGUCUUGAGGUGAAGCACAGUGUUUAAAAUAUUUUAGCAUGACACUCAUGUCAAAGCCAAAAAUAAAAAAGUUACAACUUUAAA